CCCAUGAUUAGGGUUAUUCGAAUCAAGCCGAAAUCAAGUUGCUUUCUCUGAUUCUACUUGGAAUUCAGUUUCAAAAAUUUCACACUGAAAAUUUCUCUAACCUUGUAGACGAUUUGACCCACUCGGGGAUUGGAAUGCCAUAAGUUUCUGCUCUUAGUAUAUAUAGAUGCUGCAAUAACAAACUUCAGGUGACUUCAGUAAACAAGGGAUCAAAGCAAAUGAGCGAACCAACACCAGGUGGUGUGAAAGAGGGCGACAAUGUGGCUCUAGAGUACAACACGGACAAUGUCAAGAAAGCGAGGCUAAAUUCAACGCUAGCUGCGCUCCUUGAUGAUCCUGUACUUGCAGAUGUACCCAAAAAGCCGACUCUAUCAGAUGUUGACACCCUAAUCAGCUUGGAACUAGGGAGUGCUAUGCGUGUUUCUGUACUUAAAUUAGACGGCACAUCUUUUGAUGUUGCAGUGAUGAAUUCCGCAACAGUCAAAGACUUGAAACUUGCGGUCAAGAAAAAAGUCAACGACAUGGAGCAGUCAAAGAUGGGUCAUCGCCACAUUUCUUGGAAGCAUGUGUGGCGAAACUUCUGUCUAUCACACCACAAUGAAAAGCUUCUUAAUGAUGAUGCAAACCUUCAAGAUCAUGACGUACGCAAUCACUCUCAGGUGCAUUUUAUUCCGUAUGUAAUGUCAAGAGCUUCGAAGCAGCAUUCACGAAGAAGAAAGCAUCGGUUUUUUCAUGGUCUUAAUAGACGGGAAUGAACUGCUGAUCCUUACCUAUGUUUUUGGUGUUAGAUGUUUUGUUUCAUAGAUGAAAUGGACUAAUAAGUCGAUAACUAGAUGUUCUGUUGAUCCUUACUUUGAAUUGUGACGAAAAUUAUUAAACUUGACUUUUAGAUGUCGAUGAAUUAGAGAGCUAAUCUCAAUUUUAAGA